ACCCCUUUUUCGGGUACAGAAAACUGGUCACAGCACCGGAAGCGCGGUAGCUCUCGGGUGGAGACAACGGUGCCGUUUUAAGGCAGAACGAGCCACCUGGUGCCACUGAAGCCGGCUAGACUCUCCGCUCGGGUUCCUGCCCAAGUUGGAGACCUCCAAAAUCCUGGUGGUCUAUGGAAGGACGCUGAGUCAGAUGGUGAAGAUACAGCGUCCGACGAAACAGCCGAGCCACUAAGGGCCACCGGAAGCCCCGCCCCUAGGAGGAGUCAGAAAGCUUCGCGGUGGAGGCGAGGACCCAGAGUACUGCCUUGGGGCGGAGCACCCACGCCAUGGCUACGCCCCCGGGAGCGGGUCCGGCUGCUCUGCGCUUUGCAGCCGCUGCCAGCUGGAUAGUCUUGCGCAGACGCUGCGUGGAACAUUUCCCACGAGUAUUGCAGUUUCUUCAGUCCCUGCGUGCUGCCGCCCCUGGAUUGGUUCGCUACCGUCACCACGAACGGCUGUGUAUGGGCCUAAAGGCCAAGGUGGUGGUGGAGUUGAUCAUCCAGGGCCGGCCUUGGGCCCAGGUUCUGAAUGCCCUGCAUCACCACUUCCCAGAAUCUGGACCUGUAGUGCGGGAUCCUAAAGCGACAAAGCAGGAUCUCAGAAAGAUCUCGGAGGCACAGGAGGCCUUUCGCCAGCAGGUGAAGCACCUGGCAGAAGCCCCUGUGGAUUUGGCUUGGAAGUUGCAGGAACUUGAACAAGAGUAUGGGGAACCCUUUCUGACUGCUGUGGAAAAGCUAUUUUUUGAAUACUUGUGUCAGCUGGAAAAAGCACUGCCUGCACCACAGACUCAGCAGCUUCAGGAUGUGCUGAGUUGGAUGCAGCCUGGAGUUUCUAUCACUUCUUCUUUUGCUUUGAGCCAGUAUGGUGUGGACAUGGGGUGGCCACUUCCAGAGUGCUCUGUUACUAAUUCAGUGAACAUGACAGAGCCCAUGGAGACAAGUCCUCCUCAGCAACCAAGACCAGCGCUCUACCAUCCUCUGCCAAAAGCCAAGCCUGGCCCAUACCUUCCUCAGGGACCAGCCUCAAGGAAGCACCCAGAACCUUUGGUUGGCCACCUCUUCAAUCUGGCCCCUCUAGGCCAGCGAAGAAUCCAUUCCCAGUGGGCAAACACUAGGGUAGGCAAUAAGGAGCGCCCCACAGCCAUGCUAUUACCCUUUAGGAAUCUGGGUUCACCAACUCAGGUCAUAUCUAAACCUGACAACAGAGGAGAACAAGGGACACACGUGGCAGUUCCAGCAGGUGACGUCCACACGAGAGCAGUCCCCACUGGAAAAUCUAGGAGUCCACGCCAGAUGCUGGGCGGAAGGGCUGUGAAGGAGAACCCAGUUGACUUAUCUGCCAUGGAGCAAAAGGAGAAUUGCUGGGAUUGCCCCUUGGAGCCCCUGACACUGUCACAGUCAUCUCCUAGGGCCAGGAAGGCAGUGUGUCCUCCAUCUCUGUGCAGCCCUGUCAUUACCAUAGGGGACUUGGUUUUGGACUCUGAUGAGGAAGAAAAUGGCCAGAGGGAAGGAAUGUGCCCUUACCAAAAGCCUUGGCCACAUCACCAGGACAGCUGCAGCCUCCAUCCUGCAAAGAAAGAAGCAACGUGAAGAGACUGCCUGGAUUUCCCUAGCCCUCUCAGCGAUGUCUCAACAGCCCACUUCAAAGCUGACAGGAACCCAGAAGUCCUAACCCACCUCUAUCAGAGCUUCCACACCCAGCAGAAAACCCAGAUGUUUGGCAGCCUCACGCCCUAGCCUGCACUUGGGCCUUACUGAGAUUAUGUGGCCUUUGAGGCCAUGAGCAGCGUCUGCACACUCCAUCACCGCACUGAGCUGUGGAUACCCCACUCCAGUUUUCUUCCGGGUGGUACACACAGAGCCUGAGAAGAAUUUGACGAGGAUGACAGUGAAGUGUUCCAUAGGUGUUUGCAAUGGAAGAGGUAGCCAGUGGUCCCCCAGUGAGCCAGCUUACCUGGUCCAAUUCCCACUUUGAUGAUGUCAGCCCCAGAGAGGAUCAGUUCUUCCACCAUCUCUCCUGUUACCACAUUCCCUGCCUGGAACACAGCAA